GAAAAGCAGAAAACGUCCCCAUAUCCUUACGCAAAAGGCAUCUUUAGAGUCGAACAGUUUAUGCCUCAAUUCACGUGGGUGCGUGUGUGCGAGAUCGACAUGCGCAGAUUAAACUCAUUGAUGGAAAUCCAACGGUCUAGUUUUUGGAAUGUGCUUGUUUAGCCCGAAUAAUCGAAAGAGAAAAAAUCCCAGAAAAACUGGAUUUUAAAUUGGAAUGUGUUAUUCGAAUAUAACAACUGAUUAAAAUACGCAGACUAAGGGUUUUAACAGGUCCAGUAGUCCUUUGCAUGUCAACCCAGUUAAACUAUAAAAAUGUUACCACAUUAUAUCCAUAUAAUUGACAAAUGUAAUGAGUUUAUUUUCUCCUGCAGAUUGCAGCCAAGGUUAGGUCUGUCAAUAGUCUGUCCAGACUCUACAUGCAGUUUUAAUCAGCAUGUUUUCCCAUAUCUGUGUUGUUCAAGGCUUGAUCCUCACUCAUGGUUGUGGACAAGGGAUCUCCUCGCACCGCUAAGCUGCUUCAACAGAAUUCUCCUCUACUCUGUGCAGACUUUACUCAGACUGAAGCUAAAUGGAUACCCUGGCACAGAAGCACUUCACUACGGUCGAUUACUUCAUAUUUGCCCUCUUGCUGGCGGCCUCCAUGGCGAUAGGAGUCUACUAUGCUCUGUCCGGGGGCCGCCAGCGGACGACGCAGGAGUUCCUGCUGGCUGACCGGAGCAUGAGCUGCCUGCCUCUGUCCCUGUCUCUCAUCGCAUCCUUCCAGUCAGCCGUGGCCAUCAUAGGUGUGCCGGCAGAGAUCUACACCCACGGCACGCAGUACUGGUUCAUCGGCGUGGCCUACAUCCUGGGUCUCCUCAUCCCAGCGCAUGUCUUCAUUCCAGUCUUCUACAGGCUGCAUCUGUCCAGCGCCUACCAGUACCUUGAAAUGCGCUUCUCCAAAGCGGUGCGCAUCUGUGGAACGGUCACCUUCAUCUUUCAGAUGGUUGUCUACAUGGGUGUUUGUGUGUAUACUCCUGCCUUUGCACUCAAUGCUGUUACCGGAUUUGAGUUAUGGGGAACAGUAUUGGCCACCGGGCUGGUAUGCUCACUCUACACAGCACUGGGCGGGCUGAAGGCGGUGAUCUGGACUGACGUGUUCCAGACCGUGGUGAUGUUCGCAGGACAGCUGGCGGUCAUUGUGGUGGGCAUCCAGAAGACAGGGGGGCCAGCGGAGGUGUGGAGGAGAGCCUUGGAGGGGAACCGCAUUGCCGGCUUGGACCUGAACCCUGACCCCACAGAGAGACACACCUUCUGGACUCUGGGGGUGGGCGGCGUGUUCCUGAUGCUGUCCCUGUAUGGGGUGAACCAGGCUCAGGUCCAGAGGUACCUCAGCUCUCGAACUGAGAGGGUCGCAGUCAUGUCCUGCUACAUGGUGUUCCCCUCCCUGCAAGUUUCUUUAGCGCUGAGCUGUGUGAUGGGCCUGGUCAUGUUUGCUCGCUACUGUGGUGAGGACUUCUCCGACAGGAUAGGCAUCUCCUCUAAAGAUGCGAUGGUGUUGUACUUUGUCAUGGACAUGCUCCAGGGUCUGCCUGGGUUGCCUGGACUCUUCGUGGCCUGUCUGUUCAGCGCUGCGCUCAGCUCUAUCUCCUCUGCCUUCAACUCCCUGGCAACUGUAACCAUGGAGGACCUCAUCAAGCCCCACUUCCCCUCCAUGACUGAAGCCAGAGCCACGCUGCUCUCCAAGGCACUGGCCUUGGUUUAUGGGCUGGUGUGUCUAGCCAUGGCCUAUGUUACCCAUUUGAUGGGGGAUUCAGUAUUACAGGUGGCUUUUAAAGUCUUCGGCAUAGUAGGCGGCCCUCUUCUAGGCCUCUUCUGUCUGGGGAUGUUCUUCCCAGGGGCCAAUACUACUGGUGCCCUCACAGGGCUGGGGGCGGGGCUGGUCCUGGCCUUCUGGGUGGGCAUCGGGAGCAUCGUGACCCGGAGACCAGGUUCCCGAGCCCCGUCGAGCCACAACUGCUCCGUCUCUCUGCCACGGAACAUCACAGCUACAGUGGCGCUCACGCUCUUCACCGCCUCUGAGGGCUCCAGCAGACCAGUGGGGCUUCUCAGGUUCUAUCAGCUGUCGUACAUGUGGUACAGUGCCUUCAGCUGCUUCACUGUGAUUCUCACUGGCUUGGCCGUCAGCUUCCUGACUGGUCCUAUGAAAGAGGAGGUUACCCCAGGAACCAUCUACCCUCUGAUGACCAACCUGCUGUUCUUCCUGCCGGAGAAGCUCAGAGUGAAGAUGUGUCGUCUCGCUCCCAAGGAGGCCAGGGCGUCUUCUCCGCAGUGCCAACUUUCAACUCUCAUGGACAGCAACGGGCAGGCCCUCUGGAGGGAGGAGGGCUCGGAGCUGGGCGAGACAGACAGUUUUCUACCCUGUCAAACACAGAUCCUGGAGCACGAAACGGCAUUGUGAAAAACACUGUAACCAUGGCUGCAUAGCUGCAUACCCAUAGUAACGUACAAAACUCACUACUAUUGCACUACUACGUAAGAGCAGCUGCAGUACCCAUGGUCAAAAGUAUACGCUUGGGACUCUUGUGUGGUCGGUCACUAGGAUGAGGAUGUGGUGUAGCUGCCCUCGCCUUACCAAGCUGUGAUAUGCUGUGGUGGUUUGGGAUGAAAGAGUUUGGUAUGAGAGCAAAGAUUGUUCUUGGAUGUCAUGUUUACCCGUAGUUUGGUUCCCGUAAGAUUCCACGGUAACUAAAUAAUUCGAUCACAACCCAAAAAAACUUUUGACUUUUAUUUAGCCAACUGUUAUGAGCCAUUAACAUUCAAAUUCUUUCAUUAACUUACAAUGAGGCAUAGCAUGGCUACAUGAUUAUUGCUGAUAUUGCUGCUAGUGUAUACUGCUGAUUACAUAUUGUCAGUCGCCUGUCAGUCACAGUGCGUAGUUGGAUCUCUGUGCCUCGUAAAACUAAAGAAUAGGGGGGGUGUAGAAUUAUGUGUUAUGUUGAGAAAAUGCUGAUUUUGAAUACUGUUCUACAGAUCUGAGAAGGACUAUCGCACUUGUGGUGUGGCUCAACCUUCUCAGUGCCACUUUGUAGUAUGUAUAUAAACAUCAAUUCAGUCACAAGAUCUAUGUUUUAUAAAAUGAUGCUCAUUUUAAAACAAUGCCCAUUUGUACCGUACAAAAAAUAAAGAACAUUUCAUGGUA